CAUUCAAAACGUAUCGACAAGACAAUAUCGAAAAUCUCUAUGAUAUGAACUAUUAUUCUACUUUCUGUACUUGCUAUCGUUCUCCGGUGCAUAACAAUUCAGCUUGUUUAAAGGGCGAUACUACUGCAUUCGCGCCUAUUUCCUGUCUGCACCAGACGUAUGUUGUUGCUGUCUGCUCAUCCAGCAUUAAAGAUCAGGGGAAACUGUUUUUAUCCACAUUAACAGUAAAGUGAGAGGAGCAAUGUCUGCAUCCAAAGAUGAUGCGAGUUCGUCAGUCCCAACUGGUCCAGUUCCAUCUGAAGCAGAAUGGGAGAAGACUUGGCUUGGAACGGAUGAGAAGCCCUCGGCGCAUGCCGAUAGACCUGUCUCUGAGAACCUUAUAAAGUUUGUUGACAGAGUAACAAAUGGAGAGUCAGGGUCUACUUUUUUUCUACCUCUGUGUGGGAUGAGCAACGAUAUAAAGUGGUUGGUUGAUCAGGGACAUCGUGUUAUCGGUCUUGAUAUCGUAGAGAAAUCGUUUCGUCUGUUCUUCAAGAAGUACAACAUGUCUUUCACGGUCAGUGACCUACCCAACGUUCCCAAUGGAAAGGUGUUUGAGAACAAGGAAAAAACAAUCAAGCUAUUCAAGUGCAACCUAUUCGAUUUUGAUAUAUCAUUGAUGGAGAAAGUGGACGCAAUUUGGGAUUGCGGAGCUUUAAUAGUUAUCAGUACACCAGAUAGACCAAAGUACGGUCAAUUGAUGUUAUCAGUUCUGAAGCCAGGUGGUCGGAUCAUGAACCAAUCUUAUGAAUUCAAAUGGGAAGACGAAUCGAAUGGUGCUGAAAUGGAAGCAGGAUCAAUCUACGAGGAUUACCCAUGCCCCGAUGUUGAGGAAAAAGACUACGAGCUUCUGUACGGUGCAAGAUGCAGUAUCGAGUAUUUGGGCGAGGCGGAUGUGACAAGCGAACCAGAUUGGGCUGAUAUGGGGGUCAUAUAUGCGAAGGAGAAAAUACACCUUAUGACUUUGAAAUAGGUUCAUUGUGGAGAUAGGCCGGGCCCGUUAUCCCCCUUUAUCAACACGUCAGGAAAUGAAAGGAUUGUGAUUUCUGGAUAAUGUAUUUCCACGUGCUUUGUACUUAACACAUUGUCCAUGGGACCUGAUGUUCCCUGUAUUAAAAUAAAGUAUUCAGUUGUUAAACAAAUAUAUUGAUACUUUCAGGUGUUUAGAAAUCCUGCAAAAAAAACAAUUUUGGCGCAUGGGCUAGGUGGAGUUUCGGAGUUUUGGACCUCUGGGUGCUAAACCCGACGACUAAUGUUAGACUGACAACAUUUAGGUCAAUGACAAUAUUAGAAGGUUCUGUUUCAAGACAGGGUCUUAUAGUCUAUGUAUGGUUCCAACACGUUUGGGGGAAAAGAAUGUAUCUAAUGUGCCUUUGGAAACAAAGUUCAGUUACGAUACAAAAAAAAUUAGCACUGUGUCAUAUAAAGCGAUUUCUUAUUAAGUAUUUGAGUAUGAAGUUACUUGAAAUAUGUACAUUAUUUUAUGCAAAAAUGUUAAUUUUGAUGAACAGCUGAAUCCAAUAUCUUUUAUAACUUUUGAAUGAAAUUAAACUUGGCAGGGUCAAAAGCAGAAUGUACUCUUUACACUUCUUGCGCAUAGAAUAUUAAUUUAAAUAAAAAAUGAAUUUUAAUUAAAUUAUUCAUUAAUUUAGACUUGAUGCUUCUCUGAAGCGGGAUAACCCCAUCACUUGGUUUUUAGACUGUAGAUAUGUUUGUUAUGUUGAUAUACAUGUACAUGUAAUCUGUAAUAUCAUAUGUGAUAAUGACAUAUUAUGUAGAGGAAGAUAUCUAUCGAUCAAACGUAUCUCGGUAUGAAAGAGAAUGUAAACCUAGCAAAAGACUUAGGAUACGAAUUAGUCUGACAAUCAUUUAAUUACAUCGAUACAGAUUUGUUGUCCACUACCAAAAUAUAGCAAUCUACCCGCAGCUAGUGACAGAUGUAAAAAGCUACUGUUCCAACAACUACAUGUACAUGGUAUUGAACUUGAUUUUGAGUAUUAAAAUUCAUUACAAGACGCCAAUUAUUUGAUUACAAUGUCAUAGAUUUGUACUCAAAAACUGCCGUCAAUUUUGGGUAAACUUAUACGUGUAUAAGCACCAGCCCUUGCCGCAAUAUGAUAUGACUAUGUUUACAAUAACAUUUGUUCUCAUUAUCGGAUCUGUUAUACUAAUAUACUUGUAAAUAGACUGUGAUGAAGUGCAAAUGUUUAGAAUUAAUGAUAACAUUUCGCUACAUACUGAUAAUACUGUUAUUCAAAUAAACUGAUUAAUUGAAGAUACGUGACUACAGUAUGAUAUUGACAUAAUA